CUUAGUGGAACAAUCUCACUGUCUCUGGUAAGAGAAAUUGUGAAGUGCAAUUGGUUAUUAAUAAACAAUCAAUAUAUUAGAACUAAGUUGCAACGAAAAUCAGUACAAUGAAUGUAACAGGUGUGAAGCACAUAAUCGAGAUUUUUGCAUUUGUGACGUUCUUCACGUUGAGCUCAUGCCUCCCUAGGGUACCUCACAAUGGAAAUCAUCCGGUGAACACAACAGGAGACGCUUCUGCAGUUAACAUCUCGGCCACACCGGAACCACCAGAUAGCAAAGGAGCCCACACCGAUCGACUAAAGGACCUUACACUACCACAAGGGCUAAUCUCGCAUUUGACAAACCACACCGAAGCAAGCAAACAUCGAUCAAAACGAGCCAUAAUUUUCCGGCCAUUGUUUGUUUAUCGCCAACAGGAGAUCAAGAAACAACGCUUACGUAAAGAGAGGCUGCAGGCGGCAGAAGAAGCGGCAGCAAGCAACAAUUACUAUUCUCGAUACCCUCCAUCAACCCAGUACUCAGAUGGUCCGCGACCAACGCGGUACUCAGAUGGUUCACAACCAACCUCGUACCCAUAUGACCGACGACCAACCUAUUAUUCCGAUGGUCCGCGUCGAACUCUUUACUCCGAUGGUCAACAACAAACCCGGUACUCAGAUUACUCGCGGCCAACCUGGUACUCAUAUGGCUCACGACCAUCACAGUACUCGUAUAAUGACCGGCCACUAAUGUAUUACUCAAAUGGUUCGCGUCCAUCUAGUUAUUCAGGCGAUCCGCAACAAACCUGGUAUUCAGAUGUUCGGCGACCAACCCGCUAUUUAGAUUGUCACCCGUGUAGCUCAUACGAGCAGAGAUACUACUCAUCCGACGAUAGAGACCUUUAUGGACAUGCAUAUAAUUAGCUCUCCGGGAUGUUAAUUUAGGUACAAUAGUGUGCUAACUUCGUAGUACAUUUAACGAAAGCAAAACAGGGACUACUUGAACUGCGUGUUUAUUUGAGAAUCGAAUUGUGCUCUCGCCGGAUUUUUUAAAUCCAUUAUCACCUUUAUUAUCAAUAUGAUAAUAUUCGAAGAAAUAAUUGACGGAACAUACGAAUGAAACGAAGAAUCAAAUGUGAUAAUCUCUUGCAAGGCGGACACGUAGCUUCAAAUUUAGAUUAUUUGUGUUUUUUAUUUAUUUUUAUU